AUGUCCACCCCCAGAUCUCCAACUAAAGCGCGGUCUUGGAGUAGUUACAUCUGGGACUCGUGGGACAAGUCACCUGAGGAGCGCAAGUUCCUGCGAAGGCUUGAUGCUGGCCUCAUCACGUACGCCGCGUUGUCCUAUUUCAGCAAAAACUUAGACCAACAGAAUAUCACGAAUGCAUAUGUAUCGGGAAUGCAAGAAGAGUAUGUGCUGCGUAACUUAACUUUACACGGGAAUGAGCUAAAUUAUAUCACAACGGCGUGGACAUGCGGUUAUGUGAUCGGACAAAUUCCUUCCAACCUGCUAAUUACGCGAAUUCGGCCGUCUCUUUGGAUUCCCGCCAUGGAACUUUUGUGGAGCAUUUUAACCCUGGUCCUCGCUUCGAGCAAAAGUUUCACAACUCUUGUGGUCGUUCGCUUCUUUGUUGGACUUGCCGAAUCCACAUUCUACCCCGGAAUGCAAUAUGUUAUUGGCAGUUGGUAUAAGAAAGAAGAACUAGCAAAGAGAGCCUGUAUAUUUCAUACGUCCAGUGCUGUUGGAUCGAUGUUCAGCGGCUUUUUGCAGGCGGGUGCGUACAACGGGCUCAAUAAUGUCCACGGACUUGCAGGUUGGAGAUGGCUGUUCAUCAUCGACGGCGUCAUCACUGCUCCCAUCGCCCUACUCGGGUUCAUCAUCAUGCCUGAUCUUCCUUCAACCACCAAGCCUUCCUUCUUACUCUCCAGUGAGCAUCUUGAGAUCUCAAAACGGCGUAUGGAGGAGGCGGGAAGAAGGCGACCUUCUCAUUUCACGAAAAAGAAGGUCCUAGGAUUCUUCAAGACGUGGCAUCUCUGGAUGCUUGUUCCUCUAUAUGUCCUUUUCAAUAAUGGGGGUGGUGGAUAUACAUCUAUGACAUUCUGCUUCAAUACAUCUGACCACACCGUCUAUACCGUCGCGCAAAUCAAUACAUAUCCGUUCGGUAUCUAUGCAGUUCAAAUAAUCACGACUCUUGCGUAUGCAUGGUGGAGCGAUGCAGUGGGUGCCCGCUGGCCACCAAUGUUGUUCGCUGGGACCUGGUCUAUGGUGACUUACAUAGUCUUAGCAGCAACGCCUCUGUAUUCGCACAUUGCAAGGUUCACACUCUGCGCUGCAGGAUUGUCCGGGCUUAUACUUACAUGGGCGAAUGAACUCACACAAGAUGACAAUGAAAAACGUGCCUUCGUAGUCGCCUCAUGCAAUAUGUGGGCAUAUGUGUUCCAGGUCGGUGUAAGCAUCCUACAUAUACAACCGCCGUUGACAUCCGCUAUACACAGGCUUGGCUUCCGAUGUGAGGAACAAUCUGAUCGUCGGAACGUGUUUUUGUUAACAUAG